CGGCCCCAAGGUGCUGCAACACCUCACUUUUUCAUGUAGAGGCAGGAGAAAAAUUGGCCAUUGUGGGGCGAACAGGUGCUGGUAAGUCGUCUAUUUUUCUUGCCUUGCUUCGUCUUGUAAAAUUGACGGAGGGAUACAUCGCCAUUGAUGAUAUCGACAUCUGUCAAUUGCCGCUGGAUGUCAUUCGUACCCGUUUGAAUGUGAUCCCACAAAAUCCAGUCAUUUUUCACGGCACACUUCGUAAGAAUGUGGACCCACUGGGUUUACACUCAGAUGAUGAAAUCCGUGCGGCUUUGGCGUGUGUCAACCUUGCCGAUCUUAGUCUGGAUUCCAACAUAGUUGACGGUGGCAAUGUGUGUGGCGGAAAGCAACAUCAAAUUGCAGUUGCCCGCGUGCUGCUCAAACGAUCGUCUCUUCUUCUGUUGGACGAACCCACAUCUCAGCUAAAUUCUGAGGCGGAAUCGUUGCUUUGGCAUGUUUUGGGCACCCACCUGAAAGACACGACGCUGCUGUGUAUUACGCAUAAACUAUCACACAUUGAUUUCUUUGACCGUGUGAUUGUUAUUGACAAGGGCCGCGUUGUGAAUAGCGGCCCGCCUUCGAUUCUUCGCCGUGAUGGUGCAUGGCCGUUUGCAUCAAACGAGGCCUCUUCCCCAUUUUCUUAG